AUGGGUCUGGUUUUAGGGACUGUGAGAUCCACCACUGGAAAAGAAAAUUAUGGUGAAGUAAGGAAGGCUUGCAACAUUACUUUAGCAUUUUUAAUGGGCUUACUAGCUUUCGCUAUAUUGCUAAGAAAUGCCAUUGUCGUUUUAGCUUUUGUGGUGGACAAAAACCUUAGACAUCGAAGUAAUUAUUUUUUCCUUAACUUGGCAAUUUCUUACUUCUUUGUUGUUUCAGAGUCUUGGAAGACAGACGUGGAGCAUUGUGAACCUGGAUUCAUUUCAAAAUGGUAUGUCCUUGCCAUUACAUCAUUCUUUGAAUCCCUGGCCCCAAUCUUCUCAGUGGCUUAUUUCAACAUGUAUAUGUACUGGAGACUAUGGAAGUGUGGUCAUCUCAGUAGGUGGCAAAGCUGUCCUGGACUCACUUCUCCUGCUUCUCCCAGUAACUCUGUACACCCAUUCAAGUGUGGACUGUUUUCAAGGGCAUCUCUUGCUGAACCGAACGAAGCAGCAGUAUUCCUUCAUUUCAAGAGACAAGAAAGAAAGAGUAGUCUCUUGUGUUCUUUAAGAACCCAGAAGAAGAGCGAUAUAAUUGCUUCCAAUGGUUCCCUCUCCCACUCAGAAAGCCUAAUUCUUCACCAAAGGGAACAUCUUGAACUGCUUAGAGCCAGGAAAUUAGCCAAGUCACUGGCCAUUCUCUUAGGUGUUUUCAUCAUUUGCUGGGCUCCUUAUUCUUUACUCUUUGUUGUUUUUUCAUUUUAAGACCAAAAUCAGCAUCCUCAAACAUUUGUGUACAAUGUCACAUUUGUGCUUCAGUGGUGUAAUUCCUUUGAACCUUUUUUGUAUCCAUUGUGUCACAAGCAUUUUCAGAAGUCUUUCUUGAAAAUAUUUUGUAUGAAAAAGCAACUUAUACUACCACACAAUCAGCCAGUAUUUGCUUGGAACCAAGAAAAGGAUGGCCUGGAGUAUGAAGGUCAUACUCCUGUAUACUAUUCUCUGGAUUGA